AUUUGCCAAUUUGAUGGUCAGUUGCAGCUUCUCUCUUGAGUAGCAAGAUGCCUCUCCCCAGUUGGAGGGAGUAUGAAAUCUUAAUGGGAGAAGGGAAGUACACAUUUUAGACAGUCGGAUCGACCUGAAAAAGCUGGGAGAAAUGGUUUUCACCAUCCAUUCCGACGUUCGAUCGGCGAUUCAAAUCGCCUCCCGCUUCCGCUGCCGAGCCGGUCAACCUCACCGCCUGCCAUUUCCACUUUCAGUUGCCUUUGGUUCUCCAGCGGCGGCGAGUGCGAGAGUGAGAGCUCUCUCGACGGGCAAUUCUGGAACGGACGAUGUAGAGAGCGUCCAAGCUAAAAAGCUGCCGGAAAAGCCGUCGGUGUGCACCGCCGACGAGCUCCAUUACGUCUCUGCUAACAAUUCUGAUUGGCGACUCGCUCUCUGGCGCUACGUUCCUCCUCCCGAGGCUCCAAAGAGGAAUCAUCCACUGCUGCUGCUAUCAGGUGUUGGGACUAAUGCCAUCGGAUAUGAUCUUUCUCCUGGGUCAUCAUUUGCUCGUCAUAUGUGUGGACAAGGGUUUGACACAUGGAUCCUUGAAGUUCGAGGAGCCGGGCUAAGCUUGAAUGAAUCAGAUUACCAAAAUAUUGAGAAGGCUGCUCACGAAAUGUCCGACGAUAUAAAAAGUGCCACUAGGAGGAAUUCAGCCAUUGGAAAAUUAUCUGUAGCCGAGGAUUCAAGAGAUGUCUCCAAAAACUCGGAAGAUUUUGACAUAGAGUUGGUCAAAGAAGACUCUGUUGAAAUAGGAACUGUAUUCGAUGAGUCAAGAUUAGUAACCCAACUGACUGAAACUUUCAUGCGCUUGUCUGAAAGACUAUCUGGUUUUCUAAGUGAGAGUCAAUCAAAGAUUAUAUCAGCUAAGUUUGUGGAUCAACUGUCCAGACUCUUGCAAGAUUCCUUCCUAUAUGAACGGUUCAAUGAGAUAAGGAACAAUUUACUAAAUUUGCUGGAAGUGAGGCAAAAUUCUGCUGUUGCCAGCCAAAUUAGAGAUCUGAGUCAAAGGAUAGUAAAUAUCAUUGAAGAAGGUCAACGUUCUGUUUCACCCCCACUAUAUGAUCUGCAUGAGCGUUUAAUCUCAACCAUUGAAGAUUUUCAGAAACAAAUAGAUUUAAUGAUCAAAUAUGAUUGGGACUUCGACAACUAUCUGGAAGAGGAUGUACCUGCUGCGAUGAAAUAUAUAAAUGCCCAAACAAAACCCAAUGAUGGAAGACUGCUUGCAAUAGGACAUUCCAUGGGAGGAAUCUUGCUCUAUGGAAGGUUAUCAAGAUUUGCUUUUUAUGGGAAAGAUCCUGGAUUAGCAGCUGUUGUAACUCUGGCCUCAUCACUUGAUUACACACCAUCUAAAUCUGCACUUAAACUGCUUUUACCCCUUGCUGAUCCUGCCCAGGCUCUCAAUGUACCUGUUAUUCCUCUAGGAUCGUUGUUAACAGCAGCUUAUCCACUAACAUCUAGUCCUCCUUAUGUUUUGUCUUGGCUCAAUGACAUGAUAUCGGCAGGAGAUAUGAUGCAUCCUGAGCUGUUGAAAAAACUUAUUCAGAACAACUUUUGCACCAUUCCAGCCAAACUUUUAUUACAGCUCACAACAGCUUUUCGAGAAGGGGGGCUUCGAGACAGAAGUGGCAAAUUUGCAUACAAGGAUUAUCUUCACAAAAUCAAUGUUCCGGUCUUAGCUAUUGCGGGAGAUCACGACUUAAUCUGUCCACCUGAAGCUGUUUAUGAAACUGCAAAGGCCAUUCCCGAGCACUUAGUUACCUAUAAACUCUUUGGGGAGCCGGAUGGUCCACAUUAUGCUCAUUAUGAUCUAGUGGGAUGCCGAGUGGCUGCUGAACAAAUAUAUCCGUGCAUUGUCCAGUUUUUAUGCCGUUAUGAUUCGUGACUGGACUGAUGACGAUUGCCCUUGUUUUGCUUGCUCCUAAAGUGCUUGGUAUAUGCUCCUCUUGCCUUCUCAACUUUAUGCACCUACUGCCAAUCCUUCAACAUUAUGUAUUUAUGUCACAAGAGGAAAGUGAAGUUUGGUUAGUCAUCUCCCAUUCUCCUUGCUGUGUUGGACACUCUAUAACUAUUCAUAAC